AUGACACUGGAACCCAGCUCUGCCCAAGGCACCACACGUCCCCGUCGUGCUUCGCACACUUCCACUGGCCGCUCUACGCCCGCCCCCACCGAGGAGACCACCCUUUCCUCCCCCUCGGCGAGGCCUUCAACCCAGGCCGAAGCCACAGCACCAGAAGUGAGCACGGCUUCCCUCCCUUCGGCAACAUCUCCCACGGCUGGGCAGCAGGCAGCCUCGAGUCCGGAGGCCACCGGAUCCACGCCCAUGACGCAGCCUUCCACCGGGAACGCUGGCUCGACGUCCCCGGAAGCUGAAACCACGCCUACCGCCGGCAAGGCUUCUCCCACUCAGGCUGAGCUAACCUCGGCCAAAGGGACCAGCGCCCGCGCCCCAGCGUCCGGGUCUGCCCAGCCCAGCUCCUCUCCCACGCAGAGGGCAUCCUCUCCGGCCCGGACUCCACGGCCCUCGUCCACCAAGGAGGCCGCCACUGCGCCGCUCCCCACGAGCUCUUCUACGCAGGCAGAAGCCAGCCCAGCUGCAGGAGGGAGCAGCUCUUCGCUCCUGUCUACACGCUCCAGUCGUGGUGGGGCAGGGAGAAUGUCCACAGGAGAGCUGGCCGCCUCCACUGUCAGCUCGCCUGCUGCUUCGGGCCGGACUGAGCCAACCUCCGCCCAGGGACCAAGCACUCCCCGGCUCGCCCACUCUUCUGCCACGCCGCCAGAGGGAACCUCACUGGAACAGGGCACCACUCCAGCCCCACGCUCUGGGCCUUCCACGAUGACACCGGAGCCCGCCUCUGCCCAAGGCACCACCCUUCCGGGGCCGACUUCGCCCACUUCCACUGGCCGCUCUACGCCCGCCCGCACCGAGGAGACCACCCUUUCCUUCCCCUCGGCGAGGCCUUCAACCCAGGCCGAAGCGACAGCAGCGGAAGGGAGCACGGCUUACCUCCCUUCGGCAACAUCUCCCAUGGCUGGGAAGCAGGCAGCCUCGAGUCUGGAGGCCACCGGAUCCACGCCCAUGACACAGCUUUCCACCGGGAACGCUGGCUCGACGUCUCCGGAAGCUGAAACCAUGCCCACCGCCGGCAAGGCUUCUCCCACUCAGGCUGAGCUAACCUCGGCCGAAGUGACCAGCGCCCGUGCCCCAGCGUCCGGGUCUGCCCAGCCCACGUCCCCUCCCAUGCAGAGGGCAUCCUCUCCGGCCCGGAGUCCGCGGCCCUCGUCCACCAAGGAGGCCGCCACUGCGCCGCUCCACACGAGCUCUUCUACGCAGGCAGAAGCCAGCCCAGCUGCAGGAGGGAGCACCUUUUCGCUCCUGUCUACACGCUCCAGCCCUGCUGGGGCAGGGAGCAGGUCCGCUGGAGAGCCGGCCGCCUCCACUGUCAGCUCCCCUACUGCUGCGGGCCGGACUGAGCCAACCUUCGCCCAGGGACUAAGCACUCCCUGGCUCGCCCACUCUUCUGCCACGCCGCCGGAGGGAACCUCCCUGGAACAGAGCACCACUCCAGCCCCGCGCGCUGGGCCUUCCACGAUGACACCGGAGCCCGUCUCUGCCCAAGGCACCACCCUUCCGGGGCCGACUUCGCCCACUUCCACUGGCCGCUCUACCUCGCCUGCUGCUGCGGGCCGGACUGAGCCAACCUUCGCCCAGGGACUAAGCACUCCCUGGCUCGCCCACUCUUCUGCCACGCCGCCAGAGGGAACCUCACUAGAACAGGGCACCACUCCAGCCCCGCGCUCUAGGCCUUCUACGAUGACACCGGAGCCCGCCUCUGCCCAAGGCACCACCCUUCCGGGGCCGACUUCGCCCACUUCCACAGGCCGCUCUACGCCCGCCCCCACCGAGGAGACCACCCUUUCCUUCCCCUCGGCGAGGCCUUCAACCCAGGCCGAAGCGAAAGCAGCGGAAGGGAGCACGGCUUCCCUCCCUUCGGUAACAUCUCCCACGGCUGGGCAGCAGGCAGCCUCUAGUCCGGAGGCCACCGGAUACACGCCCAUGACGCCGCCUUCCACCCUGAAGGCUGGCUCGACGUCUCCCGAAGCUGAAACCACACCCACCGCCGGCAAGGCUUCUCCUACUCAGGCUGAGCUAACCUCGGCCGAAGGGACCAGCGCCCGCGCCCCAGCUUCCGGGUCUGCCCAGCCCAGCUCCCGUCCCACGCAGAGGGCAUCCUCUCCGGCCCGGACUCCGCGGCCCUUGUCCACCAAGGUGGCCGCCACUACGCCGUUCCCCACGAGCUCUUCUACGCAGGCAGAAGCCAGCCCAGCUGCAGGAGGGAGUACCUCUUCUCUCCUGUCUGCAGGCUCCAGCCCUGCUGGGGCAGGGAGCAGGUCCGCCGGAGAGCCGGCCGCCUCUACUGUCAGCUCACCUACUGCUGCGGGCCGGACUGAGCCAACCUCCGCCCAGGGACCAAGCAUUCCCUGGCUCGCCCACUCUUCUGCCAGGCUGCCGGAGGGAACCUCACUGGAACAGAGCACCACUCCAGCCCCGCGCUCUGGGCCUUCCACCAUGACACUGGAACCCGCCUCUCCCCAAGGCACCACACGCCCCGGGCGGACUUCGCCCACUUCCAAUGGCCGCUCUACGCCUGCCCCCUCCGAGGACACCACCCUUUCCUUCCCCUCGGCGAGGCCUUCAACCCAGGCCAAAGCCACAGCACCAGAAGGGAGCACGGCUUCCCCCCCUUCGGCAACAUCUCCCACGGCUGGGCAGCAGGCAGCCUCGAGUCCGGAGGCCACCGGAUCCACACCCAUGACGCAGCCUUCCACCGGGAACGCUGGCUCGACGUCCCCGGAAGCUGAAACCCACGCCCACCGCCGGCAACGCUUCUCCCACUCAGGCUGA